AUGCUAUCAAGUGACGAGGCUCUCUCGGUCGUGAAACGAAUGUUUCGCUGGCCUCCCAUCGAGUUGCUCACGGAGGCGACGCAUUGGCUUCGGAAACUUCAGACGAAAGAACGGCAGCCUAUGGGUGACAGCGCUGUGGCUGAGGGACAGCUCAGGAACCGCAUUAGCCAGGUGAUCCUGAAGCAGACGAUCCCGCGGCACCGAAGCACCUCUGUUCCCUGUCUGACUUGGCCCUGGCAGGUGGAGCAUCGGGUGGUCCUUGCUCUUGCUCGGCGUUCCGCGUGGCGACGAAGUGCAACGUCAAAAGAGGGAGUACGUACCGUGGGUGCCGCUUUAGUGGACCAGAAACGGACAGAAUUGCAUCCUGCUUCGGAGCUGCGGCGAGCGGGUGUCGGAGGGGCAAGCGACCCGCUCUCUCUAGCCACCGAUACCCCACGCCGAGUCUCAGCCACAUGA